CGUAGCGCCGGAAGCGGCUGAGUGGGCCAUGGAGGACAGACCCGCCGGCGGAACCCUCCCGCGAGAGGCCUCGACUGAGGAGGCUGAGCCGGUGGGUGCUGCGUGGAGCGGGGACAGCGGCCACGUAUCGCAGAGCCACAGCAGCGCGUCGGGGCCGUGGGAAGAUGACGGCCCCGAGGACGCUCCGGGCCGCGACCUGCCGCUGCUGCGCCGCGCCGCCUUGGGCUACGCCUCCAGCCUGCUGCCCGCCACGGGCCCGCGGCCCGAGGUGGAGGCUCUGGACGCCAGCCUGGAGGAGCUGCUGGCCAGGGUGGACGAGUUCGUGGGCAUGCUGGACAUGAUUCGCGGAGACUCGUCCCACGUGGUGAGCGAGGGCGUGCCGCAGAUUCACGCCAAAGCGGCGGAGAUGAGGCGUAUCUACGGCAGGAUCGACAAGCUCGAGGCCUUCGUGAGGAUGAUCGGCUGCAGCGUGGCCAGGUUGGAGGAGCAGGUCACCAAGGCCGAAGCCGAGCUGGGGACCUUCCCUCGGGCUUUCCGGAGGCUGUUGCACACCAUCAGUGUUCCCGCUCUCUUCAAGUCGGCGCCCACCGGGCCCCAGCGCGCUGCCUACGAGCCGCCGGUCCUGUUUCGGACCGAGGACCACUUCCCCAGCUGCGAUGACAGACCGCAGCUCUGAGCUUGCACCUCUACCGCAGGAGGACUCCAAGGAGACUCUUGUUCCGAGUGUUAAGAGAUCCUGCCUUACGAUGUCAGGAUGUGAACUGUUAAAAGUUUAUUUUCUGUAAACGACUUGAUAUUGUCAAUAUUCAAUGUCGAGAGUGUAGAUCCCCGUGUCUUCCAGUUCUGAUCCGGAAGUUGUUUGGUGGGGGGCUGGGGAAGCCAACUGAAUUAAUUUAUCUGUGCAAUAUGGCAGAGCUGUUAUUUUUAUGGCCUUUAUUACAGUUAAUUACAGUGUUACCUUCUUAAGAUUUAUAUAUUUAUAUGAUCAAAAGUGACCAAGAAAUUAAAGCUGUAUUCUUAAAUCCUAACAGUGAGUGGUUCAAUUUUCUGUAGCCUUCUAGGAUAGAUGGUGGAUUAUUUAAUAAUCAUAUUCAGCUUUGCAGGUUGUAAGCCAAAGGAAAUAAGACUGUUUCUCAAGAUAGCAAUAACUGGGUGUUUUGUUGCAGCGAGUUCUGAAGUUGUAUUUGACAGUAUAAUUCAAAGGCUUAGUUUAUCAUAGCAAGCAUAUUUGUGUAUGGUUAUCAGUGUUUGGUUUAUAGCACAUUAAUUAAAAUGUUAAAUUUCAUUGAA